AUGGUGAUUAAAUUUUUGGAGAGGACAGAUGAGACUUCAAGUUCGGACAAAGAUAAGGAGAAGGAUGAGGAAGUCUACGAUUUUAGGGAGCCCUUUCUUUUCAGCGACAUGGUUCUUCUAGUGAAAGAUGAACGUCUUCACUGCCAUCGGGCUAUUCUCUCGCUCUACUCACCUGUCUUUAAGGCCAUGUUCCAAUCGCGUUUCGAGGAGACACUCUCCAAUCAGGUGUCGUUGCCCAAAGACGAUGCAGAAACGGUGAGAGAACUUCUGCGGCACCUCUACACCCCUGGCGGUUGCGAUAUGGACAGUGCUGCAGCACAACGACUUCUCCCACUCAUUCAUCGUUUUCAAAUCGACUCGUUGAUUACCACAGCAGAGCGAACAAUGACCUUCAGUAUGACUGAUUCUCUGGCCCCCAAGAUGUUGGCACUGGCAGAUAUGUACCAACUUAGCCACCUUAAACAGGCAGCCAUUGAUGCGUGCACGCGUCUCGACAUGAAACGCAUGGCUGAGGCCAUGGAGGAGACACCGCUGUCCGCUGAAUUGAAGGCCACCAUCUUUGAGAAACGUGUUCUUCUUCUGGAGAAAGUCAUCAGCGACAUUGAACGCAGUUUCAGCCAGUCCUGCAUCCGUAUGGAGAGCAAGUUGGAGCGCGUCUUCACCAAUCACUGCCAAAUUCACAGUAAACCACUCUCUACCACUACUGUUCCGGUGAGUAUCCAACUUACCAACGCACCAAGUGGCGACACCGACCGACUUUUAAUUCGUUCAGUGGAGGCAAACGCACAAGACCCCGCCUCCACGGCUAAUGUUCGUCUCACCACUCGGGUGCUACAGUCCAAUGCAAGUGAUGUUGACAUCCCAAGAUCACCCGAGUUAGUGGAUGUUACACCUGGUCCGUCCUCUGGUGUUGCAACAGCGCUUGUCGAAGUGCCAGCAGUAUGUGAGAAUUGUGUGGAACGCAUUUCUACACACAUCAAAGAUCUCUGUCGUCGAGCUUUACACAAGGCUCAAUUUGUUCCCUACAAACCGACUGUCGUUACGAGCACGUCAUCAGCUUGA